GAACAGAAACGGCUAUCUGCCUAUCUCCCUAAAAAAGACAACUGCGCCCCAUUACCAUAUAUUCAGCCAGAGAAGCCUCUUCCUUUUUUCUCUGGAAUUAUAAUUAAAAAUUUUCAUCUUUUUUCCCCCCUAAAUUACUUCUAUAUUUUCCGCAGUUUUUCCUGAUAUUAUUUGUUCAUUUCUAGGAAAACGAAUCGCCUGUAAUCUCGCCAAUCUAAGUUUAUUUUGUUUAAGUUCCAUCCAAUUCUUUUUUUCUGGAUAUCGUUUUUUGGGGUGAUUAGACGCUGAUUUUUAUUCAGAAAAAUUGGUGAAAAUUUUGUGGGAUAGAAGAGAGAGAUUGAGAGAUUUUUUUUUUUAGAAAAUACAUUUCCGGGUUUAAUUUGAUUGGAAAAGUUUGGAAAUUUGUUGUAAUGUCGACGAAAACGGGUACGGCGAAGGAUUUAGCAGAGAAAAUGUUGUUGAUGGCUGAACAAGGUGGACAUUAUUGCUCCAAAAAGACCGAUAGUUUGUGCAAAGAUUGUUGUUGCCAGUCAAGCAAAUCAAGCAUGUCAAGAUUAUGCUGUGUUCUUCGAGGAAUCGAUUUGAAGAUCUGCUUAUUCCUGUUCUUGAUCGUUCCAGUAUGCACCAUGGGUAUCUACUUACAUGGGCAGAAAAUUACCUACUUUCUCCGACCACUUUGGGAAAAACCACCAAAACCUUUCAAUGUAAUUCCCCACUACUACAACGAAAAUGUGACAAUGGAAAAUCUAUGCAAGCUUCACGGUUGGGGAGUUCGUGAUUACCCAAGACGAGUUUACGACGCUGUUCUCUUCAGCAAUGAGGUCGACAUGCUCCAUGUCAGAUGGCAGGAGUUGUACCCUUACAUUACUCAGUUUGUUCUUCUUGAGUCCAACUCCACAUUCACUGGAAUACCAAAGCCUCUGGUUUUUGCUGCAAAUAGAGAUCAAUUCAAAUUCGUGGAGCCUCGUUUGACUUACGGGAAUAUUGGGGGUCGAUUCGUUAAGGGAGAGAAUCCGUUUGUUGAGGAAGCAUAUCAGCGUGUUGCAUUGGAUCAACUCAUGAGAAUCGCGGGUAUUUCUGAUGAUGAUUUAUUGAUAAUGUCUGAUGUUGAUGAGAUACCAAGUAGACAUACCAUCAAUCUACUUAGAUGGUGUGAUGAUACACCUGAUAUCCUACAUUUACAGCUUAAGAACUAUCUGUACUCGUUCGAAUUUCUUGUGGAUAACAACAGUUGGAGAGCUUCGAUACACAAAUACCAGACAGGGAAGACUAGAUAUGCUCAUUUUAGGCAAACUGAUGUUCAAUUGGCAGAUGCUGGGUGGCAUUGCAGCUUUUGUUUCCGCCGUAUAAGCGAGUUUAUCUUCAAGAUGAAAGCUUACAGCCAUAGUGACAGAGUGAGAUUCUCUCAUUACUUAAACCCCAAAAGAAUUCAGAGAGUAAUCUGCAAAGGUGCAGACUUGUUCGAUAUGUUACCUGAAGAACACACAUUUAAGGCAAUAAUCGGGAAGAUGGGUCCUGUUCCUCAUUCUUAUUCUGCAGUUCAUCUUCCAUCGUAUCUUUUGGAGAAUGCUGAUAAGUAUAAGUUCCUAUUGCCUGGAAAUUGCCAGAGAGAAAGUGAAUGAGCGCCUCGUUGAGCAGGGUUUUGGGUUCUUGUUUGACCAGAACAUUUUAGGGGUGGUAUUCCGAUAUACAUUUGACCAGAACAUUUUUCUCUGUGAUGUUUGAGGGAAUCACAAAAUGGUCAAAUCGGAGUUUUUGGGAGUUGUGUACAUAAUCUAAUCAAUCCCUGGGGCUCGGUUUUGGUUCGGAAGAUUGGUACAUAAUCCAGUUGUUGCUCAAUAGAGGGAUCAUGCCUUCAUUGCUAGCUCGGUAAUCUCAUAUACUCUCCUUUAGAUUGAGAAACAUGUGAGGCUGGUUUUCCAGCGAAAAUUAGACAGUUUUGUGUUGUGGUUUUUAGACUAAUAUAUCCAGUAUAUUCUCACCUCUGUCUUUGCUAUACCGUGAAUUCUAUGGAUUCUUUCUUCUGCUUCACUUAUCAUUUAUCCAAUUCCUUUAUUUUCUGUUGUUUUUC